AUGAGCAUUACUUUAGAUGAUGUCGCAUGUCUACUUCACUUGCCCAUUAGGGGUAUCUUUUGGAGUCCUCAGGAUGUGACUGAAGAGCUAGCUGUUGAACUUGCUGUUGACUAUCUAGGUGUGUCACAGAGUCAGGCACAGUCACAUGUUCGGAGCUGCAGGGGGUCGUAUUACAAGUUGGAGUGGUUAUAUGAUAUAUUCGUACAUCAUAGGGCUGCUUCCAGCUGGGCAUAUGCGACUAGAGCAUAUCUAUUGAUGUUGGUGGGUUCCACCAUAUUUGCUGAUAAGACCUUUACACUUGUAGAGGCACGAUACCUCCUCCUGUUUAGGGACUUGGAUGGAUGUUCAGGAUAUAGUUGGGGAGCAGCUGCACUAGUUACCCUCUACCGAUAUCUUGGAGAUGCGUCCAUGUACAGUUGCAAACAGCUAGGUGGAUAUCCUACUCUCCUACAGUGUUGGAUUCACGAGUAUUUUCCAACUGUUGGAAAAAGAGGGGAGAAUUGGAAUCCUGCUGGAAACUGUGGUCUUCCCCGAGCGAUGAGAUGGUCGUAUAGACAGGGAGUCCUGAGGUCGAUGAUUUACGACCUAUUUUGGACGAGCUGA